AUGGCCACCCUCCUUCGACGGCCAGCGAAUCUCGCUCGAUUCUCGCGGAAUGCAGCGGACAUUCUCAGCGCAUCAAGAUCCUUCUAUCCGAACCAUACAAGGCCGCAGCUAUGGUCACUGAUAAAAACCCGCCAAACACGCUCAUAUUCGUCCGACCCGAAGCGUCCAAACGAGCAGGACAGUGGAAAAGAUGAAAAGAACAAAAAGUCGAAGCCGUCUGAGAACAAAGAUAGCGGCAAGCCGCCCCAACAGUCUGACGAUGGGUUGUUGAAUCGGUUCUUCGGUUACCUCGACAAAUUGACAGAAGCCAGGUCGUUAUCACCGCGGGAGCAGAAGUUCUUAGAGGAAGUCCGGGAAUCGUUCAAGGCAGAAGGAAAGGUUCCAAAGGAUGUCGAGGAAUUCAUUAAGAAACAUGUUGAUCAGGGACAGCCGGUAUCUCUGGCGGACUGGGAGAAAUUCUAUUUGCAGCUUAGGAAGCACAUGGAUGCCUCCGGAAAGAGUGAAUUGAAGGCCGGUAUCGAAAGGGAGUUUAUGCGAGAGUCUCGAAAGUCUCAGGACGGUAAACAAAAAUCAGAAGGCAAAGAGGAGCCUUCAAAAGGCGGGCCGAAGAUGUACGAGUUCAAAUUUGACCCGAGCAGUUUCAUUGUGACGUCGAUUAUCUCGUAUAUGCUGUACACAACAUUUUUCCCGGGAGAAACAAGCAGAGAUAUUACCUGGCAGGAAUUCCGCGCCAACUUCUUCGACCGAGGUCUUGUCGAAAAAUUAACUGUGCUCAACCGUAAUCGGGUUCGUGUCGAUUUGAUCCGCGACGCUGUCGCUAGCGAAUACCCAGAUACGCCUGCUGCGCAGCGCAAUUUCCACUACUAUUUCACAAUUGGCUCUGUUGAUUCUUUCGAGCGUAAGCUUGACGAGGCCCACAAUGAACUCGGUAUCCCUAGCUCGCAGCGUGUUCCCGUUGCCUACGUCGAUGAGGUGCCUUGGUUUGCCACAGCUUUGUCUUUUGGACCCACUAUUCUCCUGAUCGCAUCAGUAUUCUACUUUUCGAGACGUGCAGGCAGCGGUGGUGGUGGGCAGAGUGGUCUUUUUGGAAUUGGAAAGAGCCGUGCCAGGCGAUUCAAUCAGGAGACUGAUGUUAAGAUCCGAUUUGCUGAUGUUGCUGGUAUGGACGAGGCCAAGCUUGAAAUCAUGGAAUUUGUCAGCUUCUUGAAAGAACCAGACCGGUUCCAAAAGUUAGGAGCUAAGAUUCCUCGAGGCGCUAUCCUCUCUGGUCCUCCCGGUACUGGCAAGACAUUGUUAGCUAAAGCUACCGCUGGUGAAUCCGGAGUACCCUUCUUCAGUGUCAGUGGUUCUGAAUUUGUUGAAAUGUUUGUUGGUGUUGGUCCAUCUCGUGUCCGUGAUCUCUUCGCCAACGCGCGCAAAAAUACACCCUGUAUCAUUUUCAUUGAUGAAAUUGAUGCUAUCGGUAAAUCUCGAUCGAAACAACAUUUCGGUGGGGGAAAUGAUGAACGUGAGAGCACCCUGAAUCAGAUUUUGACGGAAAUGGACGGUUUCAACACAUCGGAGCAGGUUGUUGUGCUUGCUGGUACGAAUAGACCGGAUGUUCUUGACAAGGCUUUGAUGCGCCCGGGACGAUUCGACAGACAUAUUACCAUUGACCGACCGACAAUGAAAGGACGAAGACAGAUUUUUGCUGUACACUUGAAGAAGAUUGUCACAAAGGAGGAUAUGGAUCAUCUAUGUGGACGACUCGCAGCUUUGACCCCUGGAUUUUCUGGAGCAGAUAUUGCGAAUUGUGUAAAUGAAGCUGCGCUAGUUGCUGCUCGUGAGGUCGCGGAUAGCGUCACAAUGAAGCACUUUGAACAAGCAAUUGAGCGAGUGAUUGGUGGCUUGGAGAAGAAAUCUCUCGUCCUGUCCCCAGAGGAAAAGAAAGUGGUGGCUUAUCACGAGGCAGGCCAUGCCAUUUGUGGUUGGUAUCUGCAAUGGGCCGACCCUCUCUUGAAGGUUUCUAUCAUCCCGCGUGGCUCCGCGGCCUUGGGUUAUGCGCAAUACCUUCCAUCGGGCGAACGUUACCUAAUGACUGUCAGCCAACUCAUGGACCGCAUGGCCAUGACACUAGGCGGACGUGUCAGUGAAGAGCUUCACUUUGACACAGUCACCAGCGGUGCCUCGGAUGACUUCAACAAAGUUACCCGAAUGGCUACAGCGAUGGUGACCAAAUUCGGCAUGUCCAAAGCAGUCGGCCCUCUGCAUUACGAGGAAGACCAACAACAGUUCCACAAGCCAUUCUCCGAGGAAACGGCGCGCAGCAUCGACAUGGAGGUCCGCCGCAUCGUUGACGAAGCAUACAAAAAUUGCCAGAAACUGUUGACUGAAAAGAAGAAGGAAAUUGGUCUCGUCGCCGAGGAGCUUCUGGCCAAAGAGAUGCUUUCUCGUGACGACAUGGUGCGUCUUCUGGGACCUCGUCCGUUCGUUGAAAACAAAGAAUUCGUGAAAUACUUUGGCGGUGGCAGCACCAUCGCUCCCCCCGAACCUCCUCUGUCGGAAGAAGGCACUAUUGGAAAAGACGGUCGUGACCAGACGCCAAAUCCUACUGUUUAG